AUGCACAAAUGCGUCAAUAUAGAUAGCCUGAACGAUGAAUUUAUAAACAGAAAAGACUCACUCAAAAACUUAAACGUAAAGGAAAGAAGCAAUGGAAGGAUAGCUAAAAGCCAUUACGGAAAAAAUGAUGCAGAGCAUAAGAUGCAAAAUGGGGAGAAAAAUUACCUAGACGAUUUCGAUUCAGCAAAUGGAAACGUCAACAAGAAUUAUAUUUACUCCUGUGAUAAUUUAAUGGAUGAAGAUAGCAGCAAAAAUAGUAACCAGCAUAGCAAAACGGUAGAGGAGAAUUUGAAAAACUACCGUUACCAUGUGGAUCCAGAGCACAUACGUAGUAAUAAAUAUAGAGGAUCAGAAGAAAGGGUUGGCGGAAACCAUCUAAUUAGUCUUGCUGAACAAAGAAACAUGAUUUUGUCCAAAGAGCGCAUUAACAGCAGUUACUUCAGCAGAAAUUAUGACAACAAGAGUGACGACCGAAGAAGUGACGGUCACAAAAGUAAGGACCAAGGCGUCAACAUGAUGAGUAACCAUUAUAAUAAUUUAAUCCGAACGACCAAUAAGGGCAUAGAAAAUAUAAACAGUAAUUGUGAUGCUAUAAUUUCCAACAAGAAUUACGAUAGCAUGUCCGAUGUGAGCAGUAUCAUUCUGAUGAACAAAAACGAUAGUACACAGAGCAAUAAGGAUUACGCAGAUUAUAAUUACAAUAGUUAUUUUAACUAUCGCAACGAUCACACCUCUGCACACCACUACAACGGCAGUGCCAAUAAUGGCGGCCAAAAUUGUGGAAGUAGGACACGUCACUACAAUGGUGGCAGCGCAGAGAAUAGUAAACGACACAGCAACGGAUAUAAUAACCGCAACCAUGGGAAUGGUAACUAUGAGGGGGAAAAAAGGGAGUGCUUCCCUCUUGCACAUGAAAGCUCGCUGAACGAAAAUUUAGCACACGAAAGCUGUGACUACACCAAAGUGGGAAAAGUCGACCUGGAAAUGCCAGACAACGAGCUGAAUUCAUUACCCGUAUACAAUGGAGAAGACACACAGAAUAGAAUUUUUCAAGAAAUGGAUGAACCAACAAAGCAAGGCGACAUGCACAUCACAAGUAGACUUAAGAGCACUGUAAGGGAAAACACAAACAACCGAAUUAAGAUCUACGAUAUAUUUAACAAUCCCAAUAUUAAAAAGGGUAACAAUACAAAUACGGGCAUUUUAAAUUUUUUGAAAAAUAAGAGGACGAACAAGUACACCUAUGAUAGCAAGGGUGUUCGAAAUGACGCCGCAGAAAGUAAGGACAUGAGCAAAGAGAGCCAUAGCAGCGGUGUGUCUAAUAAAUCAGGGGGAAUUCCUGCGGAUGGCCACAGGGCAAAUGGCCACACAGCGAAUGGCCAUAAUGCAGGGGGCGCCAACACAAGUGGUCAUAGCAACACUGAAGGAAGCCACAGUAAUUACCGAUUCAACGCUAAUAUGAGAAAUGCGGAAAGUAGCGACCCGUGUAAUAAUUCCCCCGUGAUAAAAGGAUGCACGUAUAACGAGGAAGAAGCAAAGAACAAAUUAGCCACAUCCAAUCACAUUUUAAUCAAUCAGAAAUAUAUAGAGGAAAAGGAGGGAAAACCGUCGAAGGAGGAAUUAUCAAAUAAGUGUAAUAUUAAUUCAUUUGAAACUUUGAAACAUUUAGAGAAGGAUGACAAUGGUGAUGCUACUAAUUCGUAUGGAACUGCAGUGAAUGAAUUUUUAAAUAAAAAGGACAGCCGUUCAGAUGAAUACAGUAAUAAAAUCGAUGCCGCAAAGAAGGAGCAGAACAAUCCCUUCAGUGUGUAUCAUUAUGUGAAAAAGGAACGAUCAGAAAAUGCAGCUCCGCUUUCCAACGACCACGCAAAACGUGGCAGCAAUAAGAGCAGUAACACUGGUAGUAAGGGUAACGAAAAAUACAACAUAAACGUAAAGGGUGGAAGUAGCAAGAACAACCAGAAGCGUAACAAUAUAGAAAGAAAUCACAAUCCGAUACAUAGCGAAUGCGUUGAUAACCAUGAGUGUAGUAACGAACUUCCCCCCAGGGAUGACAAGGCCAACAAGAAAAGCACAACCCCAAGGGAUGCGGCAACAAAUAGCAAUGAUAACCAUAGUAUAGGAAAAAAGGGCCUACACGUAUAUAAGACGGGAUCGGAAUUACAGAACGGCAAUUUAAACCAUUAUUCGAAGAAAGGCAUUAAAAAGGACUCAUUUGACAGAGAACACAGAAUGGAUAUGCAGAGGGGCAAGCCAGACAAGGAUCAUCACCACCUCAAAGAGGAGCUUCAAACUAAUGGAGAAUUUCCUUCUAACGCGAAAUGGAAUGAAAACAGUACUUAUUACCUACAGGAGGAAAACAGAAAAAAUGAAAAAAUAAAAAUGAAGGAAGAGUUAUCAAGUAAAUAUGUUUCUUCAUAUUCCGAGUCUACCCUCCCUAGCUCUACGCAAUCCUUUGCGGAGUCCAAAAAUAGGGUACACCAAAACAGCCGCAACUCCAAAAAUGCACUUACGAAGGAAAUAAAAAAGAGGAGUGAUAUAAAGUAUAAUGCAAAAAGAAAAAUGGACAUGAAGGAAAAACAAGAAAAUGAACAGUUCCAUCGAAGUAGAAGUAACUCGUUAAAUGAUGACAUAAGUUGCAUUUCUGAGGACGCGAAGCAGAACAAUUUUGUCGACGGAAUUGGUGGAAAUCGUACGAGCCGAAAAGAUACCUGUCGAUACAUUGUCAACAACCCCCCUAACAGCAACAAUGCUAAAAAAAAUAAUAAAGGGGUUGCCACCGAUGUGAGAAUCCCCGGACAACCACACAAUUAUGACGAAGCGAAUGCGCCUCUGCAACAAAAUAACUACAAGAACGAAUGCAGAAAUGCACCCACAGUGUAUGUCAAGAAGAAGAAAAAAAAAAAAAAAAAAAAACAUAAUGGGAGUGAUCAGUACACCGAAAGUUGUAGUGACAGGGGUGGAGCAAGCAGCCGUGAUGAAGAUGGAGGUAACAAUGGAUGCAAAGCGAGCCUCAAUGGUGAGGACAGUUCUGUGAUAAGCACGAACAGACGAAGCAGCUCACCUAAUGUUAACCAUUCGGAUCCUAGGAACGGCGUUAAAAGGGGUAGUAAAAAAUAUCCAGGCGAACGUAAUAGCGCUUUUAAAGAAUUAAGUGUGGAAAAGGAAGACGAACAUUAUGGUGACGGUGAGAGGGGAAAUGGGCGUGACGACGCAUAUGUCCAUCUCGUCGCCAGGAAAUUAGCUCAUUCUAUGAACCCGUUUAGGCACAACGUGACUACCAACCGUAGGGAAGGCGAUAGAGGUAGUAACGAAUGUGACAGUGGUGCUAAGGAAUGGCAUGAUUAUAAUAAUCGUGACCGUUGUGGUAGACACAGCAAAUGCAAUCGCAGGGGAGCAGAUAAAAAUGGAAACGUAAACACGUUGGAAAAAUUGCAAAUUGCGCAGGAAUGUAAGGAAAAAUGUGUUACAAAGAAAAAAGAAAAAAAAAAGAAGAAAGAGGAACCGUUAAGGAGCAAACAAAAAAUGGCACAAGAUGAAGAUAUUGCACAUGGUGAUGACACAGACGUGUUUGUCAAGUGCAAAAUGAAGAAGAAAUCGAGUUACAUUAUUUCGGAUGAUGAGCAACAUGCCGAUUCUAUCAGGGGAAAUGUACCAAGCAGCAAGACACAUUUUGUUGCCUCCGGUAAGAAGAUGCAUCAAAGGAAAGAGAACAGUAGUAAGAAAUCUACCCUAAGGAAGGGCGCCAACGAAAGUAGCAGUAGCUUCAACUCGUCCAGCAAUGAAAACUACGAGAAGGACGAGGUCAAAUGUGAUAAAAAAGCUGUUCGCAGGAAGUCUGCUCUCUCGAAAGAGAGCAAUAUUAAGAAGAUGCAUAGAACCCCCCUGCACAGUAACACUUCUAGCAUUAGAAAUAGUAAGGGGACGAACACAGGCAAUAGUUAUAAUAGCCAAAGCCGAAGAAGCAACCUGCGCAACGGCAUGAAUGAUAUAAGCAGCAGUAGUGAAGACCUGGAUGAUGGUGAAAUCCAAAAUGCAAAAACGAAAAAAGGAAAGAACAGAAACAGUCAUUUUCCUAAUAGCGGAAAAAUAGAAUUAAAAUUUUGUAGUGGAGAAGGAGAGAACCAAAGGUAUAGACACGAAAGAGAAACCUCUGAUAACGGAACGGAGAACCGCGACUCCAACUCAGACUCAGAUGCAGACUCCCACGUUGGAAAACAAAAUCGCGCAGUAAAUAACGUCACAAGGGAUAGUUACAUUCCAAACUGUGUAAACAAGAAAAAAAAAAGGCAGAGCAAUUUGGUCAAAAGUAAAAACGAUACACAACAGGAUCUCUCAACAGGAGAGGACAACAGCGAUUGUGAUAAUUUAAAGGAAAAGGGAAAAAGGAAGAAGAAGUAUCCCUCCAGGGGGUGUAGUAACAACCCCACGAAUGGAAGUAGCAAAUUGGUUUAUAACAGAACUGACGAUCAAAGUGCACUGCAUGACAGGCACAGGUCCGUAAAAAGGGGAGGCACCCCUAAUGAGGAUGAACAAAUCUACACAAAUGUGCAGCACGAAAGUGAGCAGUUCUCCAACAACGCAAACGGUGUCACAAUAAAGGGAGGAAACAUGUGCAAGGGGAAUAGCAAUAUAGACGGUGCCAACAUCAAUGACCCACGCAUGAGUUAUGCAGACAUUUCCACCCCAAACCAUAGAACGCACUCGUCGAAAAAUAGCAUGGGUACCUUUGACAACCCUGCUAGGGUAGGCUCCCUGAGCAAGAGAAGGAACAUACAAUUAAUGACCCCAAGUGAGGAAAACUUUAACUAUUCCCCCCAAGAAAAGUACCCCAACAUGCGAUGUGCACCCAUGGGGUGUGGAAACACAAACCAUAUGGACGCACAUUUGAAGUAUACCCAUUCGGGAAAUAACGAAAAAGGUAACGCUGAAGGGAUGGUAAACGGAAAUGAAUUUGCGCAUCAGAGGGUUGAUUGGCAAAAUGGGGAAUACAAAAAUUUAGUCAUGACGGAGGAUGUGGUUAGUGGUGAGAGAGUAUCCCCAAUGGAGGAACAACGGAUGGGAAGGCAAUUACAGAGAGAAAGCACCAAACAGAAUACCUCUCUCUUUUACCAAAAGGAUGGUAAUCUGGACGACAUCUUUACACAUAACAAUAAAGGCGAACUGUUAUGUAACUCAAAACACAUGCUAAAUAGGAACUUCUUGAAUGUAGAUCCAACCAGUGGGUACAACCCCCACAAGGUGCACAACAUAAAAGAAACAAUCACUGAGGAUAACCCAUUUAAAAAGACAGAAUAUUUACACAAUAUUAAAAAAACAGAAAGUAACCAUAACAGAAGUAGCAACAUGCCAAAUGAGGACAACACGUACAACAGCAUCUAUGAGAAAGAGGACGACAUUUUUUUAAAAAACAAUGUUUGCAAUCAAUGGAAUAGAAAACCGGAUACAUUGUUAACUGCACAUAGAAGGAAAAACAACGAUGAGGGAGUAAACGUAAACUUAAGCACGAAUAGAAGUGUGAAUAUAAAUUAUAAUCAUGAAGAUACGAAUGCGUAUCAAAGUAAGAAUGCAUACAUGGGUGAGGAACAAAUCUUCCCAGGGGAAAACUGUAACAACAUAUUUUGUAAGAAUCGCUAUAUUAGCAAUGACAGGAAUGACGAAAUAUUGCAUCAAAAGGGAAAGAGCCAUUUGUUCUCCUCGAGAGGUCAAGAAGUGGAGAACAUAUACAAAAGGGAUAGCUUUUCCAAUGUGCCAGUGAUGCGUAGGGGAGCACCUGCACACGUGGCAAAAUCAGUGCAAAGUACAUAUCAGGCAUAUGUAAAUAACGCUACACAGGAGAAACCCCAACCGAUGGGAGACCCGUGUGCUAUGAUUUACCACCCAAUGGAGACCCACACUAGUGCAAAUUGUUACACCCCUCAUCCAAAUUUCCUCCAAAAAGAAGCGAAAGUCGCGCAAAGAAGCAUCCAAAAUAAUCCCUUCGCCCUACAUUCACGCAUGAAAAGUGCAAGCAUGGAUGGGGGAAUCAAUUAUUACAAAAUGGAGCAGAAAAAUGUCAUGAAUUUCACUCCCCCAACAGAUAGAGGAAGUCAAAAGGAAAAAUACGACGCAUGUAGGGUUAGGUUGUUCGAUAAAACUCGACACGGCAAUGUUAACGGAGAGCAGUCAGAUUGGUUUGCCUGUAAAGCCGAUUUCGAAAAAAAUGCAUGUGAGCGCAAACGAACGAACAACAUGGAAGGAGGAGUAGGCACAAAAGGGUUUUAUGGCCCCGGGGACCCUAAUGAUGAACGUAGCCAAAGAUACAUGCACAUGGGGGGGGUUGCGCCCUUCUCAGGCAUCUACCCAAGCAGCUCUGAUCGAUACAGAAACGGCGUAAAUGGCGUAAACGCACAAAAUGGGGAUGACUUACACUUACCCCAUGGGGAAGACACUACCAUUCACGGUAUUAGAAAAAAUAAUGACGGCAAUAAUAACGCUAAUAUGAACGGUAUACCAUUUGAUAAGGGGAUUAACAUCCACGUGAGCAGUGCACUCAAUGAGGCAGAUAAAAAAGGUAUGCACAUGAACAGCCAAGUUGUGUACUCCGAAUUGGAAAGCGCAGCCAUCCUAAAUGAAGUGCUACGAAAAAAUAACGAAAAUUGGAACAAACCCUAUGGUGCGGCGAAUAGAAUACAGACACUUCGCUUUACCAACAAUUUUCCUGUCGAUUUUGCGAACAUUCUGAAAAACUACAAAGAUAAAACGGAUAAUUAUCUAAAUAAGCAGUACAUACAGGACUUGGAAAGAAUUCAUUUUUUAAUACAAGACUUUACAAACAGCUACAGGUGUAGCGAUAAUUUAAAGUCGAUUUUUCAACUCCUUCAGUACGAAAUUGAAAAGGAGAAAAGAGAGAAUUUGUAUUUUUGUCAAGACCAGAAAUAUGUAGUUCUUACCAUGCCUCUAAAUGAUAUGGGAAAAAAUUAUGAUAAUUGGGGUGAACCCAAUAUAAAAGAACCCAUCUGCGCAUAUAAGCUAGAUACGUGUUUUUUGGAAAAUUUAGAAAAACAGUCCAAGGGUGAGUCCUCCAAUUGGGGAAGGAACCACUUAAGGGAAGACCUAACAAAGGCAUACAAUAUAGUUAGGAAUAGUAGCAGGGGGGAUGACCCCAACUAUGACGGUAGCGAUUAUGAUGCUAAUGACAAGUGCGAGGAGAAGUGCACUACAGAAAAUUGUAGAGGAUUAUGCAUGAGGGCACCAAGCUGCACUUCUUCCCAGAAUAGCACCACAGACGUGGGGACCUCUGCGGAGUCCGUGGUGCUACACACGGACAUGCAAAACGGUGAAGAAAAUACCCAUGUUAACGGCAGUGACAAGCAGGUCAGGACGAACCGCUGCAUCGGUAAUUUGCCCAAGACGGACAAGCUGGGCAAGCACUGUAUUAGCAAAAAAAGGUGCAGCGACAGCUUGAACGAAAGUAUCUUAUCCAAAAUGAAUAUAUUCCUAAUAAGGCACAAUAACCGCGUGUACAAAUUUAAGCUAAAUAGCAAUUUCCCCCUAAGAGGCAACCAAUUGAAUAGUAAAAAAAAUGGCAAACUUUUUAAAUUACUUUCUUCAUUUUAUAAGGAACUUUUCAAGGAAAAAUGCAGCAAAAGAAAUGUUCUACUUAAUGGAGACGUGUCCCUAAGUUAUGUCAACAAUGUGGACCCCACCAAAGAUAACCUUUCAAAUGAUCAAACGGAUAAUGGGAUUGCUAAAUCUACAUAUAUUAAUAAUGAGGACAACUUUUAUAAUAUUAUUCAAAGUAGUGGACUCACGAAUAUAGACGACCUUUUCAUUUCGGACGACGAGGUGAAUCUUAUUUACAUGUAUAGCAAUCAUCGCAAUGAGAAGGUUUAUAGUUUGGAAAAAUUGGACGUAUUGAAAAAUGAAAACUCUACAUUGUCCACUCUGAGUGAUUGUGCUGACACGGGAGAGGAGAAUUACUCCUGUAAAAAAUGA